CGUUACUCAACCCUACAAAAAUUCUAACUCCACAGUACAUCCACCGUAUCUUGCAAUUUGCAAACCCUCUUUUUCUCUCUCCUCCCAUUUUUUAACUUUUGUAAUUAAUGUGGAGGGGCAACCGUAUACGGCGCAUUGUACGGUUAACGCAGAUGCUGAAACGGUGGCGGAAAAAAGCGUCGAUUUCUCAGGUACCGGCCGAUGUACCUCCUGGACACGUUGCCGUCAAUGUGGGGAUGAACGGUCGGCGAUUCAUCAUUCGUGCGUCGUACCUAAAUCAUCCAUUGUUUCAGAAUCUUCUACGGAAAGCUGAGGAAGAGUUUGGAUUCGAUAAUAACGAGGGACCGAUUUGUAUCCCGUGCGACGAGUCAAUGUUUGAGGAAACGCUUCGAGUUGUGGCUCGCUCGGAUAACCUUCCAAGUGUGUGCCGUGUUAAGGAUUCGAUUUCGCUUCCCCUGCUUCGUAGUAUUCCGGAGAAAUCUAUCUGCUGAGUUGACUCGGUGUGAGUCAACUCGUUCUUUAGGUUUUUGUUUUAGGGUUCGGCUUCCUGGAAUUUUAUUGAGGCAGCUGGAUUAUUUUUAAUUUUAAUUAAUUAUUAACUAAACACGCCAUAAUGUGAAUGUGGGCGUUUUUUCUAAUUUGGUUUAUCCCUGCACUUUUUGUCCACAGGGAACCGAGUUAUUGAGUUUUUAGGUGAGUUAGUGAGUGAGUUAUUAGUUUAACUCAGGUGGUGAUGGCAAAAAAACGAGUCAUCCCGAGUUGGAAAAGUUAUUUUGUAAGUUUCACUUUAUUUGACGACAAUUAUAAUGUUUUUCAAUUCAUUAAUUCUUCUUCCGAUUUCUACAGUAAUUUCAUUGCUAAUUUUUUUAGAAUUACUGUUAGUUUAGAUUUGCUUUUACUUUUUAUGUACUAUUUUGUUGAUUUUAAAAUAUUAUGUGCAUUCCCCUUUGAAAUUUCUGUAUUUUCAUUUGAGAAAG